AUGGGUGUUGUUGGAGACUUGGCAGUUGAGAUUCUGCAUAGCACAGACACCUGGGCUCCGGAUGCAGGACAGAAGCCUUUCACCAAGCGCGGCUUCGCCUACUUCUGCCUGGACAUACCCGGGACUCUGGGCGCUCCGUCGCCCUCCGCGGCUGGCUCCCCCGGCAACACCGGCCGCUCGGGGCCUGAGUUCGGAGAGCUUCAGUGGGAGAUCCGAGGAGUUGGCCUCCCUGGAGAGGGAAGCACAGGUCCUGCUGGUGAGGUCCUGGCCCUGCUAAACACGGCUCCUGUCUUUUCCCCCAGACAACCUCCAACAUACUUCCAGCCCCCACAGAAGCACCAGGAGCCACAGUUAUUGGCCAUGCACUUGUUCAACCCCAUUCCAGGCCCUGCACCGCGACGCCGUGAGAUACAGAGAGAUAAAGUGUGGGCUCUGCUGUCUCAAAGCUGCAACCUGGAGACUCCUUUUACUACAGGAGCUCAACAGCCUUUCACCCCAGCAAAGUUGGCUGCUGAGGAAAAGCAGCCGGGGUGGGCAGUGGCCAUCCUCAUUCCAGGAAUGAUGGAUACAUCAUCCCCCCCCUGGCAGGGGGAGAAGGUGGCAUCAUUGGCUCUAUCCAACAACCAACUGGAUUCUGUCAUCAGCCUAGAGAUGGAUGGGUCUUUUUCUCAGGUUAAUCUGAAGCGACCAUGUCCUUUCUGGGCAGAAGAUGGCCAUUGUUCAAUAAAAGACUGUCAUGUGGAACCCUGCCCAGAGAGUAAAAUUCCAUUUGGAAUUAAAGCCGGGCCUUCUAAUAAGUACUUGAAAGUGGCAAACAAUACCAAAGAAUUACAAGAUUGUGAGCAAGCUAAUAAACUGGGAGCAAUUAACAACACAUUAAGUAAUCAAAGCAAAGAAGCUUUCAUUGACUGGGCAAGAUAUGAUGAUUCACAGGAUCACUUUUGUGAACUUGAUGAUGAGAGAUCUCCUGCUGCUCAGUAUGUAGAUCUGUUGCUGAACCCAGAGCGUUACACCGGCUAUAAGGGGUCCUCUGCGUGGAGAGUGUGGAACAGCAUCUAUGAAGAGAACUGUUUCAAGCCUAGGUCUGUUUAUCGUCCUUUAAAUCCUCUGGCCCCAAGUCGAGGUGAAGAUGAUGGAGAAUCAUUCUAUACAUGGCUAGAAGGUUUGUGUCUGGAGAAGAGAGUCUUCUAUAAACUUAUAUCAGGACUUCAUGCCAGUAUCAAUUUACAUCUAUGUGCGAAUUAUCUUUUGGAAGAAACCUGGGGUAAACCUAGCUGGGGACAUAAUAUCAAAGAAUUUAAGCGCCGCUUUGACCCUGUGGAAACAAAGGGAGAAGGUCCAAGAAGGCUGAAAAAUCUGUACUUUUUAUACUUGAUUGAGCUUCGAGCUUUGUCAAAGGUGGCCCCCUAUUUUGAGCGUUCAAUUGUUGAUCUUUACACUGGAAAUGUAGAAGAUGAUGCCGACACCAAAAGCCUUCUACUGAGUAUAUUUCAAGAUACCAAGUCAUUUCCCAUGCAUUUCGAUGAGAAAUCCAUGUUUGCAGGCAACAAAAAGGGGGCCAAGUCAUUAAAGGAAGAAUUCCGGUUACAUUUCAAGAAUAUUUCCCGUAUUAUGGACUGUGUUGGAUGUGACAAAUGCAGAUUAUGGGGAAAAUUACAGACUCAGGGUUUAGGAACUGCCUUGAAGAUACUAUUCUCUGAAAAAGAAAUUCAAAAGCUUCCAGAGAACAGUCCAUCCAAAGGCUUCCAGCUCACUCGGCAGGAAAUAGUUGCUCUUCUAAAUGCUUUCGGAAGGCUUUCUACAAGUAUAAGAGAGUUACAGAAUUUUAAAGUUUUAUUACAACACAGUAGGUGCCAUUGUAUGUAAGAAAGGACAGCUCUUUUGGUCUUCAUCAGCAUUGCCUUCAGCUGGAAACUUGAGAAAGUUCACAGUAAACCUCCCAGCAGUUUGCAGACUGAAGUACCUACAGAAACAUAGCUAUUCACCAAAAGACACAGGUUAGGUGCACGGUAUUGUGGAAAUUCUUUUGUACAAAAUUCAACACAUAAGAUCACUUGUACUCUAUUUUAAGUAACUCCAACAGGUGCAGCUUUGAUUUUUAAAAGAAUUCCAAAUAAUUUGCUGUUGUACCCACCAGAUUCUGGAAAAUGUGGAUUAAAGUACAUGUUUCUGCAA